AUGGAGGAGCUCGAAGCACAGAGUACGGCUUUGACCGUGGUGACGAGUUCCGACCAGGACUGCGCUACGCCGUCUUUGUCGCCACCAGACAGCAAGACGCUCAGGACAAUCAAUGACCUCCCCGUUGAAAUAUUGAUUCAAAUAUUCGAACACUCGGUCUUAUUCACUUGCAAGCACGAUGAUCAUAGGCUGGCCUACUGGGAUGAAGUGGAUCGGAUGACACGUCAACGCUGGAUGGUCCCGCGAAACGUUUACACACGCAGGGACGAAAGUGCGGACCCGCGCUCUCCUUCACUCUUCCCUGAUGCGCUUGCCGCCGUGUGCUGCCUAUGGCGAGACGCCCUCACGCUUGUCUCCUUAUUUUGGACACGCAUCGUGGUCUUCGUCGAUGACGACCCUACACCACUGUCCAGACUACGUACACGUCUCGAACUGUCCCACGAACACCCUCUCGACAUCAUUAUAACGAGACACCUUUGCUCGGUUACUGACUCUGACCCUCUCGAAAAGCGGCGUGUUACAGACGCAAUGCAGGUCCUCUACCAGCACAUAGCUCGAUGGCGCUCACUUCGUAUUAAUGUGCUGCACACAGUAUCUAUUCCCGCACCAAACAUUCAGAUGCAGGGUCGUGCCGCGUCCCUCAUCAAUCUUCGUUUACAGUCACACAUUCAGAUGCAGGGUCGUGCCGCGUCCCCCAUCAAUCUUCGUUUACAGUCACAGAUGGCCAGGAAGCGAUUUCGCCCUGCCGGCAUCGCGAAACUCUGUUUCCACGCACCGGGACUGACUGAUCUGGAAAUCGACGGACUGACGUUCCGCCGUUCGUUUCUCUCCAUACCUCAGUCCAUCGCCUCUGUCAAGCGGCUCGUCAUUUCACGUUAUUCGCCAGGCACUCAGUCACGCAUGUUGUUCACCGUACGCGCCCUCGCCGAGUGCCUCAGCGCUCUCCCGCAUGUGGAUGAGGUUUCUCUCAUUGAUCUCGAUAUAUCUUCGUCAGUCGGCGCUGCGCUUCCCCAACCAUUAGCAUUCACUGCGAGUUUUUUCCAUCUUGAGGGCCUCUCGAGCGAAGUCCUACAAGCCCUCUUCGAUCUUUUGGAUUCGGACCUCAAUUUCCUUCACCUUAUACGGUGUGCUGUGCCCGAUUCGAUCGACCUCGGAUGGGCGUCCGAACUGCAUCUGCAAAACCUCGACACGACAGAAUCCAUCGCACCGUUGUUGCUGAAUUGGGACUCGGAGGUUCUCUACUUCCACGCCUGUCCUAGUUUCAAUUCGGCCCUGUUAGACGAGAUGGCAGAAGAGGCGGAGGAUGGUGCCUGGCUGUGUUCCACGCUGGAGGAACUCAGUAUUUAUGACUGUCGCAGAUUCAACAGCGGCGAUAUACGCAGGAUGGUCCAAGCCCGUCGCAUGUCGCAUGCUGAGAUUGGUUUUGCCGACAAUGCUCAUCCUGCGUUCGUCGUGACGUCUGUUCUGUAUCUCAAGGUUCAAAACGGACCUGAGCUUGCACCGAAGGAUCGAGAAUGGUUUGAUUGCAAUGUCCAGUCUGUGUGGUGGAAUGGCUGGCAGGGUGGCCAUCAGGAGGAGUGGUAG